AGACACUGUCACAGACAUAAACAGAGUUGAUUCAAAAAAAAAACCAUGCCAUUAGUAUUGCCCAAGUUCCCUCACCAUUGGUCGGAGCUAUCAGCACAAGCCAAAGGGCUACUGACGCCGAACGAGGACAAGAAGAAGAAGCUACAGAAGCCGAUCCAAGAGGACGACUCGGAAGCCCACCAGGUCUUCCGGGCCGCCCAUCUCCAUUCCUCCUCCAUCAAACGCAAUGUCAGCAAGAAGAAGAGCUCCACCAAACCCUCUUCCUCGCAACAGGCUGAGAAGAAGAUCCAGAAAGGCCCCAGUGCAUCCUCCUCGACCGAGAAGAUCGUAAGGUCUGCCGUCACCUCCCCCACCCCCUCCGAACCCGACGAAGACGAUAUGCUCCCCGGUAUCAGCUCCCCCGGCUCCACUGGCGUCAUCUUCGUCAUGGAUCGCGCCAUGGCUAAUGGGUUCUCCUACGACGACCCCACUUGGGCUAAUUUCGGACAAGGCGCACCCGAGGUAGGCGAUAUUCCGGGCGCGAGCCAUAAACCGGCCGUCAUUGAUGUGGCCGCGAUGGGCGAAGAUGUGCACGAAUAUGCGCCGACGACCGGGGUCAAGGCGCUUCGUGCAGCCGUGGCAGAUCUUUAUAAUCACACUUAUCGAAAAGGCAUGGAUUCUCAAUACACCUUCGAGAAUGUCUGUAUUGUCCCGGGAGGUCGGUCGGGGUUGACCAGAGUAGCGAGUGUAGUGGGGGAGGUAUAUGUAGGCUACCAACUACCUGAGUACACGGCGUACGACCAGAUGCUAUCGGUGUUCCGACGACUAGUGCCGAUCCCAUCGGCGCUCUCGGCCGAAGACAACUACAAGCUGCACAUCGACAAGCUGAAGGAAAACAUCAACCAGAUGGGCCUCUCGGUCCUCUUUGCCUCCAACCCCAGGAACCCCACCGGCCAGGCCGUCGAAGGAUCCGAGCUCGAGGAACUCGUCCAGGUCAGUCGCAACGGUCAGACCGUCGUCUUGGACGAGUUCUAUAGUUGGUAUAAUCUCGACGGCCAGCUCGGCGAAAGUCUUUCGGCUGCUAAAUACGUCGAAGAUGUUAAUAAGGACGCUUUGGUCAUCAUUGACGGAUUGACCAAAAACUGGCGUUGUCCAGGAUGGCGAGUAUGCUGGGUGAUAGGACCGAAGCCAUUGAUCGGAGCCUUAUCACAGAGUGGAAGUUUCCUGGAUGGAGGGGCCAGUCACAUCAUGCAGAUGGCCGCUAUCCCUCUGCUCAACUUCGACCGGGUCGAGAAAGAUAAGCUGGCCUUGCAGGUCCAUUUUAGGAUGAAGAGAGAUCGCGUCUUGGAGCGCUUGGAGCAGAUGGGCUUGAAAGUUAAAAUCCCUCCCAAAUGGACCUUUUAUAUUUGGCUUGACUUGUCGGAUCUCCCACCGCCAUUGAACAGUGGAUUGGUUUUCUUCGAAGAACUCCUGAAACAAAAAGUGAUUGUUGUUCCUGGGAUCUUCUUCGAUAUCAAUCCCUCUCAUCGAAGGAAUUUGUUCUGCUCUCCUUGUCAUCAUUUCGUCAGAUUGUCCUUUGGUCCUCCCUUGCCUCAAUUGGAAAAAGGCUUAGAUGGGAUUGAACAAGUCUUGAAGAAAGCGUAUGACCAUUUGACGACUGAUGGACAUCUGCUCGAGAUGGGAAAGAACUUGGCGCCUCAGUUGAAUCGCAGACUUUCUAUCGCCGCCGUUCAUGGAGUCGCGGACUCUAGCAAACUCUCUUCUCCUCUCCCUUAAUCCCCUUCCCCCCCUUUUUUUUGGUUCUUUUAUCAGACUUGUUUGCUCACUCUUAUCAAAUCAAAAUCGGAGGAAGAUCGUAUUGAAUACAUCAAUUGAAAGUGGGGAUAAAAAAAACUCAUUUAGUCGUGGUUUUUUUUUCUUAUUCAUUCCUUUUGUUUUCAGGUUUGAUCAGACUCCAUCUGAAUCCUUCCAUAAAAAAAAGUAAGGAACAAAAAAAAAGCAGCCAAGUGGGAAGUGUGAAUGUCGACAUAAAAAAAAAUAAACGCAAAAAAAAAACAAAAUGUGGACAUUUGAAGUGUUUGUUAUUAGGAUUAGAAAAACGAAAAAAAGGAAGGAAGCAUGUAUAUAGAUAUAUAGAUUGAUAGAUCCAUCCAUUCUACACUUGUCUGUUGUUUUUUUGAAGUGUUGAAUACAUUAGAGUCAAUGAAUCAAUCAAGCUGUUAAAGAAAAAAACAAAGGAAUACAGGUUAUAUAUGUAGUUGGGUUCCGG